CGCGCAUACAUCGCAGCGCUCCCACCUCGGCUGGCCCUGAAAUCCGCCAGUACCGUUUCAACCGCCGUCGAGAGCGGACGUGCGCGCGCGAAUACUAAACAACACACACUGGACAUUACCCCAAAUAUCGCAUGAUAUAAACGACUUUUCCUGUGAUCUCUACCCCAAACACACCGCAAUGGAAACCAAAUAGAACACUCCACACGCCAGUGUUGCCAGCCGAACUUUAGUUUGUGUGUUUUUAGCCGGAGUGUCAGUGUUGCCAGUAAUACAGUGUUUGUAAAAGGACGCAAGGACCUUUGUGCUCGACGAGGGGGAGUAAGAUGGAAGUGACGGCUGAUGGGCAGUGCAAAUACAGGACAUCCCUCCCCGUGGCCCAGUUCAGCCGAGGAGACUUCUCUCUCUGGUCCGUGCUGAAGAACUGCGUCGGCAAGGAGCUGUCCAAGAUCGCCAUGCCGGUGGUGUUCAAUGAGCCGCUGUCGUUCCUGCAGCGCAUGCUGGAGUACCUGGAGUACGCGCACCUGCUGCGCAUGGCCUCCGAGCAGACCGACCCGGUGGCCAGGAUGGAGUAUAUCGCUGCGUUCGCGGUGAGCGCGCUGGCGUCGAACUGGGAGCGGCUGGGGAAGCCCUUCAACCCGCUGCUGGGCGAGACCUUUGAGCUGGAGCGACCCGAGUUCAGGGCCGUGUGCGAACAGGUGUCGCACCACCCCCCAGUGUCCGCCUUCCACGCGGACAGCCAGCACUUCGUGUUCCACGGCUCCGUGCACCCCAAGAUUAAGUUCUGCGGCAAGAGCGUCGAGUUCCAGCCCAAGGGACACGUCACUGUCGAGCUGCCCAGAUGGGGCGAAGCCUACACCUGGAGCAACGUGAACUGCUGCGUCCACAACGUGAUCGUGGGCAAGCUGUGGAUCGAGCAGUACGGCGUGAUGGAGGUGCUGUGCCACGGCGGCGCGGGGCUGCGCGCCAACCUCACGUUCAAACCGGCGGGCUUCCAGAACCGCGAUCUCCACCGGGUCGACGGGUUCAUUGUGGACCCUAGCAAGAAGAAGCUGAAGUUCCUGUACGGCAAGUGGACGGAGUUCAUCAAGAGCGCGGACGCGGGCGCGCACGAGGCGUGGGCGCGCGGGCGCGACGAGCGGGAGACGCCGGCGCACACGCCCAAGAAGGUGCUCGCCAAGUUCAACAGCUUCAAGCAGGGCGCGCUGCGCUCUAUGUCUAUGCAGGAUUCCGAUGAACCAGACAACUCUGACGAUGUUCCGAAGCCCGACGAGACGUACAACAUCGACAUCCCCGGCUCCACCACUCUGUGGGAAGCUAAGCCCAGGCCGACUAAUAGCUCACAGUACUACCAGUUCACUGAAUUCGCGAUGUCACUCAACGAGCUGGAACGAGACAUGAAGGGGCAACUCUGCCCCACGGACAGCCGCCUGCGCCCGGACGUGCGGAUGCUGGAGCAGGGAGACAUUGAUGGAGCAGCUGCAGAGAAGACCAGGCUGGAGGAGAAGCAGAGGACUACGAGGAAGUCCAUGAAGAAGGCCACUGAUGGGUGGCAGCCGAGGUGGUUCAGCCAAGGGACCAACCCUUACACGAAGCAGGAAGACUGGCUGUACAACGGCGGCUACUGGGACCGCAACUACCAACAUCUCAAAGAUAUUGACAUCUUUUAGACUCACCUCCCCAAUAACUUGUGAAGAUUUACUUCUGAGACUCUCGGAGCUUGAUCGUAAUGAUCGUCACUCUUAUUUGGUUACGUUAAACUCGUUAAAGGUUCAAUUUAGAUAAGUCCACCUGUCGCCAACCUACGCAACAGACGCAUCGCAUUCAGUCAUUGAAGUUAAUGUACUUAUUAGUUCAAUGCAUUCAGUAUUCUUUGUGUAGAAAUUCACACAAGUGCGUCCACUUAAUCGGCAUUGCUGAUGACCGUUUCUCCAUACAUUUAUGACAAUCCGAUUGAUGCGAUACGUACGAUACCGAUAGGCUAGCCGGAGCUACAUAGCAAUGGCAUUAAUAGGUAUUUAAAGCAUUUUUAAUACAUUAUGGUU